GUAAUACACCAAAAUGCGAUGACUUCUACACAAGUGUGUCCUUGGGCUGCCCAUGUAUCAAAAAAGGAAUGCAUUGCAAGACAUGCUUGUCAAGGCACGCUCUUCUACAUGAGUAAACUACACAGACAUGGCGUUGAGUCAUCUUAGCCUUCUGCGGCCAGUAUUGUGCAGAUUUCCGCCUUCCAUCACGAGGAUCCCGUUAGCAGCUGCCUCAAGAGUCCUUUCUUUACCCAGAGCGAGUUGUCCCAUGGUUCUGUCGAAUUAUGUCCGUCAUUAUGCCACAAAGAAGAGUAAAGCAAAGGCAAAAGGCCAGACAGCCAAAGUGAACAUCAAUGCGGCAUUGGUGGAGGAUAUUAUCAGUCUAGAGGAGUUGAAGGAAGACAUGGCGGCUGUCCUGACGAUCCUGAAGGACGAUUUCAGCCGCAACCUCAACAUACGAACCUCACCAGGUGCACUGGACCACAUUACAGUCACCACAAAGGAUGGCAAGUUUCCCCUCAACCAGCUGGGCCAGAUAUCCAUGAAGCCUCCACAGCUUCUUGUGGUCAAUAUGACUGGCUUCCCAGAGGCCAUGGCAGCUGUCACCCGCGCCUUGCAAGACAGUAGCAUGGGACUCAACCCGGAGGUGGAGGGCACUAUCAUCAGGGUGCCUAUUCCCAAGGUAACACGAGAGCACAGAGAGAAUCUGGUGAAACUGGCUAAGCAGUUCAGUAACAAGGCUAAGGACUCACUGAGGAGAGUCCGCUCCAACGCUGUCAGUCAAGUGAAGAAGUCCAAAGAGGGCGUCUCCGAAGACACCAUUCGCUUGAUAGAAAAACAGGUUCAACAAAUGGCAGACAGUUUUGCAGCAGACGUUGACAAACAACUAACCACUAAAACCAAGGAGUUACUUGGUUGACAACAAAGCUUCCAAACUCUUAUUACAACCCCGUUUGUUUCUCAGUUUUUGUGUUACUCAGGUCAAAGGCAGUGUGCUUUUCUAACGAAUGGAACAAAAAUCCCCUGAGCUCUCAACUCCAAACAAAAAAACACUUAAUGAUGGUGCUGAUGGAAGCGCAAGUGCCGAAGGUGCCAUUUUGGGUGGUGUUUUUGUGUUUUUCUCAUGCAUAAACAAAUGUUGCCGUGGCACGCCAGUGGCUUGUGGUGCUCCUUGUGCUAACAUCUUCAAACAAAGAAAUGGAGGAAAACGAACUUUUAAUGUGAUUUGGGCUACUCCUCCUAAUCAAAGCGAUGCCACAAACGUGGUGUUUAUGUAAAAAGCAAUGCACUGAAUGUAAAUUGUGGUCUUUACAGGAUGGUGAAAUUCACACAGGGUGGGGAACGAGUGCACACCAUAACAUGCUGCCAACAUUUGUUUCGCAUUCACUGUUGCAGCCACCGGGCUAAAAAUGGUCCUUCCCAUUUAUAUGAUCAGACUAAUCGCAUCUAGCAGUGUAAACUGAAUAAAACGCAUCAGCUAUUGUUCUGGUGCUGUUGCCAA